AUGCUAGAAAAAAUGCUAAUAAACGAGAUGGCCACACAAAAGAAAAAACAGCAGAAGCAUGUUAGACAAAUAAAGAUUGAUAAUGACAGUGUGUCUUCAGAUUCCUCCAUAUCAAUAGAUUACAUGGAAAGUGAUGAUGUCAUCGUUUACGUCGGAGAUACAGAAGAAGUUUGUUUAAUUUGCAGUGAAUCGGGCAAAGAUGAACUUUGGUAUGCCUGA